GUGGCUCAAUCCAGUUUCUCUCUCUAACACCCUCUUAUUUAUAACAGAGAAUGUGAGGAGUUCUCCGCGCGCUCUCUCUCUUCUCUCUCUCACUGCUUGCUUCACAAGAAACAGCUUCUUUUGAGAAGAACUUGGUGUGCAUGGAUGGAGAUCACUAAUGGCCACCAGUACCAGACAAUGACAAGCUACCCUCUGAAUGAAGUUGCACCAGUUCUGAGCUGCCUUAAAACAGCAGCAUCCUCACCUUAUCAGCUUCAUCAGGGGAUAAAUCCAAGCGCUCAGUUUCAAUUUCAAUCAGAGUCUCAGCAAGCAUUGAAAUGCCCAAGGUGUGAUUCACUCAACACAAAAUUCUGCUAUUACAACAACUACAGCCUCUCCCAGCCCAGAUACUUCUGUAAAAGUUGCAGAAGGUAUUGGACUAAAGGAGGCUCUCUCAGAAAUAUCCCUAUUGGAGGAGGUUGUAGAAAGAACAAGAAACCGGCUUCUUCUUCAACCUCCCCCUCUUCUUCCUCGAAGAAAAUACCACUUACUCAAGUUAACCCUAACUCUAACCUUGACCUCGGUCAUGGCUUCCUCGACGUAUUGAGGAGUGGGUUUGUGGGGUCCGCCAAUACAACAACCACUGCCAUUGGUGGGAUUCAAAGCCACUGUUAUGGGUUUGGUGGUGAUAAUGGAGUCACGCUUCCUUUUGAUGGUGGACUAAUUAGUGUCAGUAAUAGUACUACUGCUGCAGCAAACGCUAGUGCUGGUGCUAGUACUAUUCGCCAUGAAAACUGUUGGAGUGGAUUCUUCAAUGGCUUCUCUAACGAAAUUCAUGAUGGUCAUUUUUGAAAGAAAAAAAAAACUUUUUUUCUCUUAUAUUAAUUAGGCUUCAGAUGUGUUUGUGUUUUUUUUUUUUUUUUUUUUUUUUGAGCUUUGGAUGUGUUGCUUCAGUCUUCUUGUGUUAUUUUGUGUUGGGUGAAAUGAUAAAGUAUUUAUAUUGAAUGAAACGUUUUGAUCUAAGCCAUCCUUUACUCUUCAAGACUUUUUAUAUUUGGAGAAAUCUGAAGUUCUCUCAAUUCAACUUUUAUUUGUAUUCUUAUUGGUAGAUAGUUUAAAUUUUACUAUUAAGGGUUUUUUUGCAUUUUUUUUUAUUUUUUAAUAUUUGUUCAUUGUAUUUUUUUCAACUGAGAAAUUAUUCUGUGCGGAUGCCGACCGACAUCCAGAGAUCAACCAUAAUGUGUCAUGUCAACCAUUUGUUCGAUAUCGUGGCUCGGUACUGCUCAACAUCGCUCAUUCGCUUGGUACAGUAGCUUGGUACCGCUAACAUGGUUGCACAUGAUUCACUUAUGAAUAUAGAGCUGUGUCCGACUUCGGCAUAAAUUAAUUUCU